CGUUAGGUAAGAGGGUAGACAAAACAUUUUUUGUCGUUUUGAUACAUAUGUGUUUUGAAUCAGUUCGUUACCAUUUGGUCGUAAUUUUGUUUUACCCAUUGCCCGAAUUGUAUAUCAGUGAGUGAGGUCAGCGAUAAUUUUUGUAUUUCCUGUAUGUGGUUGCUAACAAGCUAGCAAACUACGCAAGUGCUAAUUAUAUGAAUUUUGUACCUUCGAGGCUUAUAUGAACGCAAAUAGUGCAUAUUAUGGGGCUGACAUGUGCGAAAGUUUUGAGGAAUAAAGUCUUGUUGACUAACAGUUGGCGUGUAAAUCGACAGUUGUCUUUAGCAAAACUAGAAACGUUCUAGAAACGACGGCGCAGCCAGAUUUUUAGCGCGUGCCCGGAUGUGGCGGGAUGCUAUUGGGGUAUUCUGGGGUGCAAUGGACGACAACAACGCAGUGAAGCUCUUUGUUGGGAAUCUGGAUUUGGAAACUACACAAGAUGACCUAAUAAGACUUUUUGCCCCUUAUGGAGAAGUGGUGCACAUAACUGUACUGAGGCAGUUUGCCUUUGUCCAUCUGCAGGGAGAAGGGGCUGCUGACCGUGCUAUCCGUGAUCUGAAUGGUCGAGAAUACCAUGGCCGGAGCCUUGUAGUUGAGGAAUCCAAAGGGAGGCCCCUCAAUUCCACCAAAGUAUUUGUGGGCAACCUGUGCGCUUCCUGUUCAGUUGAAGACCUGUAUGAGCUCUUCUCGGCUUACGGAAAAGUACUUGAUUGUGAUAAAGUAAAGACAAAGCCCUCCUCAUUAACAGGCUACGCCUUUGUGCACAUGGAGCGUAAAGAGGAUGCAGAACAAGCCAUUGAGGGUCUUCACGGAACCUCAUUCAUGGGGCGUCCACUUGCAGUGGAGCUCUCAAAGGUACAGCAGACUGCAAACAAGGUCCCAUGUGCCAGUUGCGGUGCACAUGGCCACUUUGCAGGAGAAUGCCCGAUCAACAGGCCUUCAAUGGAGCACCACCAGAGUCAGGCUGCUGUCUUGGCUGCAGCCGCCGCUGCUGCUGCCGGACUUCCCCUUCAGGUGCAGCAGAGUGUCCACAACUCUUUUUACAAUACUGCGAGCACUGACCCAACGUUUGCAGCUCUGAAAGACCUGACCACUUCCAGGGUUGAUGGCAAACCUGUCAGUGCUGCGGUCUACGGAGCCCUGGCGAGUCAAGUCUACAGUGCUGUAGCAGACCAGGUGCUGAGCAGGUCGACAAGCCAAGCUGCAGAUGGCUACCCCACCGAAGGAGAAGCACCGCCGGGGGCUGCAGCUGUUAACCCAGCCUAUGGAGCAAAUUCCUCUCUGUACAGUGCCAGUCCAGCUUAUGGGACCAUGGGAGGCACGGAGCCUGACCCCCAAGCCGUCUUUGAAGCUGCUCGGGCCCGAUUCUUUGAGCAGGGUCAACAAGUGCUGGCUGAACAGCAGGCAGUGACCAAAUCUGACCGAGACCGAAGUCCGGUACGACGUACGGCCCCAUUACUGCCCGAUCCAGUUCCCCAGCCGUACUCCCAGACACGACCCAAACGACGGGCCCUGCUCCCAACACCUCCUGGUGGUCCAGAACUACCUGCAGUUAAAAAUGGCGACCCAAUUGCAAGGUGCUAUGCAGAGUACUACCAACAGUACCAGCAGUACCAACAGUACCAACAAUACCAGCAGUACCAGCAAUAUCAGCAGUACCAGUACAGCUUUCCGCCACCACCUCCACCUGCUCAGAUGCCCAUGAUGCCACCGGGCCCAGUGGAUGUGCAACAGAUGUCGGCCCCAGGCACCACUGCUUCACCAAGAGUGUAUGAGCCAACUUCAACACAUAAGGAGCCCCUCCUACGCCGACCUGAUUACCCUUACCAACACACAUCUGAGUCCCCAUAUCGAUAGCCUCCACCUCACAAGUGUAUGCACGCAUGUUUGGAUGUGAAAAUGUGUGUGUGUGUGAGUUUUGGUCCUACAUGAAAAGAAACUGGAGGAAAGGGAUAAAUCUAAUUAUUACUGCAACAUCAGUUUGACUUAGUUGAUAUUGUAGUUUGGCAGUAUAAUUUCUCCCCCCAUAAUGUUAAAUAACUUCAUCAUGUACAGAAUGUAGACAUUUACAAGGCCAUGAAAGUUUUUAUUCUGAGCUCCUCGCGGUUUAAUUUUUUUCCUUUUCCCCCCCAGAAGUGCUCAGAAUUGCAUUACCUGUCACUUUUAUAGAUAAAAUACUGUUUGACCAUUGUGUUGGGUCAGACAUUCUCCGAAGUCAAAUGAUUGUGCCUUGUGAAAAUAAUCUUUUUUUGUGUAUGUACAGACUUUUGUAAAACCAAGUACUUAGGAUCAGGUACAGUUUUAUUAAAUUAAUUGUUUAACAAAGGAGCAAGCUUAAAAUAUCUUAAUCCAAAUAGUCUUCGUUCAGUUCUAUUUGGCUUGGACUGAUGUUAAAUUUCACAGUUACUAGGAAGAAAGUGUAGUUUAGCUGGAAUGUACAAAGGACCUGUGUGAAGUCUUUGUGUGUGUUUGUGUGUGAGAGAGAUUGAGUGAGAACACAAUGUUAACAGUUCGGCUGAUCCCUUAGCUUUCACAUGAGCACCACAAUCGCAUACACAUCAGACCGUAUUCCGUAUAUAUCCAUUUGAGUGAGGGAGGGCAUAUUAAGAUGACACAAUACCAAACAAAUCCCCAAACCUCUACUAAAAUGCUCUAACCACUGCCUCACUUGUGCAGAUGGAUACACCUGCCCAGUUCGGCAACAUUAAAACUGAUAUUAAAAUCGUCUUUUGGAAAAGAGAGGGUAUGAAUAGAUUCAUUACAAAAGGGACAUGCUUGUCACUCAAGAAGCAUAUUCGUGGUUCUAUAUGUUUUCCAUCGGAUACCUUUAUUGACUCUGAAUGAGUUUGAGAUGUCCUUGUUGCUAAAUACCAAACAGAACUGGUUCAAUAGCCUGCCAGUAGUGAAUAUACUUGUUUUGCAGGAUAUAAAGAGCAAACGACUGCCGUCUCUGGCUUUGCAUCCCUCUCUUACAUGGACCGAAUACUUGGGAGUAUUGACUUACAUAAGUGGAAACCCCUUAAUAGAUAGAAUACGUUUUUUUUACAUUUUGUUUCUUCUGAAAGUAGCCCCAUGCAAUUACUAUUGUUUCUCUGACCAUUUAUUUUGUUCACAUUUAUCAUAGUCUCUUUAUCCUUAGAGUCAUGUGAAUUGAUUCCAGGGGCUUCGGGGUGGGAACGCUUAUUAUUUAGGGAUGGGAAGUGUAAAACCUGUUCAGGCCUGACAUAUAGCUAGUUAAGGCAAUUGGUUCAUAGAGUGAAACAAAAAAACAGUGAAGUGCUUCAUACAAUUGUAUUUUUUUGUUCUUAAGGGAAAAAAAUGUUUUCCCAGUUCAUGAACAUUUUAGGCAAUUCAAUUAAACAUUCAUGUUAUAACAUAAACUGAAAGUGUGUGAAUAAUUCAUCCAGGUUAAAGUACAUGUAUCUAUCUAGUGCUAGAGGUUUCAAUCUUUUAUAAAGGGAAUUUACCCAAACUUUCAUAGCAUCUGCAAUGGAUUUUUUAAGUGAUACAGAUGUUAUAACAGUUAAGUAACUUUCCUUUAGAUAGCAUUCAGUGCAUAAUGAUUGAAAUUGGAAGGUAUGGUCAAAAGAAUGGCUUGUUUAAUCAUGUUAUGUAUGUCCUCUUUUUCUAGAAUGCCCCUCAGGCAGUCUUCAGUCUUUCAUUCCAAAGAAAUAUGGUGGGGUACACACACAAAUCUCACUUAGAACACAAUUUCACCACUAUACAUUCGACUUCAUCUGUUAAACCUCACAGGCAAACAUCCACUGUAGUGUUAAUUUUCUCAAUUUGAUAUAUGAUAGAAUGCAGAUGGACCAGUGGUGACGGUGCAGCACACUAGAGCUCCACACAAAUAAUUCUACACAGUAAAUUAAUUCAUCUGCUUUGUAUUAUAAAUAGUGCAUGUUUCUUGUUAUUAUUACUGCUGUUCCAGCCACAUUUUCCCUUUUCGCUAACUACAGCUAUAAUGGCUCCCGGGCCUCAGGACGCCAAGUUGAGCAUGACGGGGGAAGAGAAUUAGCGCCCCACAAUGCCUCGGACGUGCUCCCCAUUAAGGUAAAGCCAUUUGCCCCCAACCACGCCUGCACCUUGUUUAUACACUUCCCCAUCAUUCUAGCACAGCUGCUCGGAUCAGGCUAACAUCAGUUAAUACUGAAAAUAAGGUCAACACAAUGGGAAUGGCACUUGUUUUCUGCUGUGUGGUUGGAUCAGUGCCUAUUGAGGGGGAAUUUGUUUUUUAACAGCCUGAAGUAGUACAAAUAACUUUUCAGCUUCCCAAAAUGCUCAUGGUUUGGUAUUUAGACUACAAAUAUUUUCUGCUUAGAUUAUUCAUAUUUAAACUGACUCUUUUGGCCCCAAAAGGUUUUAGUGCCUUUGAGGUAUGUUUUCUCGCAGUAUGCUUACAAAAUGAGUCGGAAAUUUCCAAGCAUUUUUUCUAACAAUUGGAGGGAAGAAUGGCUGACAUUUGCCUUGGCUUGUUCUCUGGCGUUUAGUCUUUUUGAAGCACUUCCAGUUGGUGAGAUGAGGCACUCCAACUAUCCUUUGAGUACAUGAGAAGGGUGCAAUGGUCUUGUAGGUGAGUAACCAAUGCGUCCAGCUCACAUCCACCUCAGCUUUAUGCCUACUGCCACUAUUUCAGCCUCACAAGAUCAUAGAUCCCACUGCAACACUCUGAUUUCAGUUUUUACUCUUAAAAAAAAAAAAAGGGUUAAUCUGUUUUCCUGCCAAAUUUAGACUUCUAACUGUUAUAGGGAUUUAUUUUUCCAUUCUCUCAGCGUAGGAAUUGAGCAUGCUUUUGUAUGUCCAUAAGCAAGAAGUAACAAAUGUUUUUUAGUUUAACCUAGGGACAGUCUGUUAUGAAUGUCAGAAAAAUGUGUUUGUUAAAGGUAAGCCUAUUCAGUCACUCCAAACAUUACUUAAAACACAUUCCUUUCUGUAAUUGGCAUUUUAAAAAACUAUGUUUGUUAAUUUGUCUAAUCUUCUAAAAGGUUUUAACCUCAAAUCUAAUUUAAAGGGGUCAUAUGAUGCUGCUAAAAAGACAUUCUUUUGUGUAUUUUGUGUAAUGCAACGUGUUUACCUUUAAGGUUAAAAAACCACAUUAUUUUCCAUAUAAUGCACAUUGUUUCUCCUCUAUGCCCCGCCUUCUGAAACACGUCGAUUUUUACAAAGCUUAUAGACGGUUUCAACGGCAACAAUAUAAACAAACGUUACUGCGCGUGCCCGUAUUGUGGACCUAACUUAACUUCCGGUAGAUUUCCAAAUAGAAUAAAUAACAGCCAAGUCCCUCUAGAGUUGAUAUUUUUUGAUAACAAACAAAACAUAUUUGCUGUGUGGAUCAGGCGGACUUAAUGAUAUGCAAAUUCAUUAUUUGCCAGCAGGAGAUGUUAGCAUAGACAUAAAGCGCGAGAAAUAGAGGUUUCCCCAGUAACAGCUGUAAACAAAGCAGAGCUACGCUCAUACGCUGCUUUAUCAGGCAUAUAACAUGCAAGUCUUCCUUCAGAAAUACAGCGAUAUAAAAACACCUGUGCCUCGCUUUGAUAUUUAAACAUAUAAAUGUAAGGAAUUAUUAAUAAAAGUGCAGUACGUAGCGUUACUCAUGUUUAUUCAACGAAGCCUUUUUGAAAAUCUAUCAGUUUUAAAAUUUGUGGCGAGUCUCCAAAAAUAAAAUAAAUGUAUGGGAAACACACCCCGCAGCACAACCACCUGAGCCCAACUUCAGUCUACUCAUCACCUUAACUUUAACUGUGUUUGUAGAAGGCAAGGCACUGCAGCCAACAGACCGGAAGUUAACUUAGGUCCAGGCGCGUGCGCCCGAUGAAACCGUCUAUAGUUCCGAAAAAGCUAGAUGUAUUCUGAUUGGCCAGCUGUCCAGUGUGUGAUGAUUGGUCCAAUGCCCCCAGUUUGUGAUGGAAAUGUUACUUCCCUUAACCUACAGUGGUCUCUCCCAGGCCAACAGCAUGAGACUCAUUCCAGCUGUUCUGCUCGUGCGCAUCUCAUUACCGGUUCUCUUUUAGCAGUUCAGUCAAUGUACUGUUAUGAGUAUCUGAUUACUCGGGAUAUUGGUUUAUUUUGCCUCAGAGGGAUUGUAAGGCACGUUUAUAAGCCAAAUAACUUAAGAAAUGUGUGGAUUAGUUCGUACUGGAGACACGAACAGUUUCAAACGAUUAUGUUCAAUUUGGUGAACUGGUUUGACCGGUUCCCUAAGAAGAUCCGGUCAAAUAGAAAGAUUAGUUCACAAUCCAGACAUCACCAGAUGAGACAAAACCAAUAAAACUUACAAAAAAUUGAAAUCGCAUCAAUAUGACCCCUUUAAUUCUUCAAAUUAAACACAAACAAUUGUUUAAUGAUUUUCAGUCUUUCUCACAACCUUCCAAUGACCUACAGCAGUGAUCCUCAAAUCUGGCUCGCGAGAUCCAGUUUCCUGCAGAGUUUAGCUCCGACUCUAAUUAAACACGCCUGCCUGUGAUUUUCUAAUGAUCCUGAAGACACUGAUUAGCAAACUCUUGCGUGUUUGAUUAGGGUUAGAGCUAAACUUCGCAGGAAAGUGGAUCUCGCGAGCCAGACUUGAGGAUCACUGACCUACAACUUAAUCUCUGAUGUAAAAAUGCUUUGAAAAGCUGAACAGUGGAAAAUUAAAUGUAUAUAAACUAUGAUUGUAGAUUAUCAAGAACUGAAAAAGUCAGUGAUUCAGGGAUGUUCGAGUUUCAUUGAUCUCUUUUUUUUUUAGGUCUGAAUGGGCAACUUUCGUUGUGGUGUAUGUAAUGUUAGUUAGAGGGAUCUUAAUCCUAAUGUUUUUUUUUAUUAUUUGCAAACUGGCUUUAGUGCCAUGAUAUUUGUAUUUUCUUUUUGUAAAGUUCAAUAAAUGAUGCUUAAAUCAUA